AUGUGAAUGAUCGUUACCGGGCGAAGACUACUUCUACUACUGUCGGUGAAUGGGCUUUCUCGAUCGGUAGUGAAAUCUGACCAAAUAGCAAAAGGUUACGAUUGCUCGAGUUACUCGUACAUGUAUUUGCCAAGGAUCCGCUAGUGAGUGGCAUUCUGGUGUUUUGUUAAAAUAUGCGGAUUGGUCCGAGCAGGGCAGUGCAAUAGUCCAGUAGAAGAACCCAUCCGGAAGUAGCCGAGGCCAAGUGUGAAGUUUAAACGCAACCGAAGCAUACAGCGGUGCCGGAUCAUAGGAAUUUCUAAUCGUCGGCGAUCAGAGAGUUUAUAAACCGCCCUGGUGGAUAUAAAACCCUCCUAACGGAGGAAAGAAUUUCAACAGGAAUUUCACUCGCAACAGUAACAGUGACUGGCGAACGUAUGGGAGUUACGAUGAUGUUCGUUUAAUUUUGAUGCUGCCUGGAGGAUGUUCGUGCUCAAGUUGAAAAUUCGCUUCGCUCUCUCGGUGUAGUGUUUUGGCACAGGGAAGAAUAUUCGGAAACAGUGAGUUUACAGUGAAUUAACAGCUGGUUGGUGUGUUGUAAAAAUAAAUAUCGUAACCGUAUUAGGCUAUCACAGUAAAUCUGUGUAUAUUCUAACAGUGCAUCUGUGCGUUAUAUCUUUUAAUCUAAGCAGUAUAGCAGUGUUUAUUCGCAUUAAUCGUAAUCAUCAUAUUAUCGAAUAUUAUCUACAACCAUAACCGUGAUCAUCAUUAUCGUUCAAAACCUCGUAAAUAUAAAUAGUGUGUGUGUGUACAACUUAUUACCAUUUCUAGUGCACGUUUCACCAUUUCGACCCAUCAAAUUUUGUUUGGAAAACGAAUGGUCCUAUCGAUGUCUUUAACGGCAAUCAGUGUCAAGUGAAGUCCACUGAAUGUGAUUUUUACUUUGAAGUGUGUGAAGUGUUCCCAUCAUCAGUAGCAGCAGCUGGCACGACAGUGGCCAGCCGUCUAGAUUUAAGCGGGGACAAACUCAUUAAUCACCCGGCGGAAUUUUCGUACGCGCGUACGGGAUCCCAAAACAGUGGAAGCAGAAACGACGGGACAAUGUCCGACCCGCAGCAGACACCGAUAACGACUCCUCCCCGCCGGUGCAAUGAGCACCCGGCGUUGGCCGCCGCCGCCUUGCUGGGCAAUCUUCACGGAUCAGAGUCCUGCAAAAAUUCCCCAAAUGCACCACGUCGGCUGGAUGCACACCAUCACAGUCUGUUCGAGGGGGGCAGUCAAAGUGCACAGAAUUCACCGUUGCCGAACCGACGACUGGACAAAUUACAGGGUGUAAUACGAGACAAAAGCUCACCCCGGUGCGGCCGCCGAGGGGUCCCGGACGACGGCGAUUUUACCGAUUCUCCCAUCGUUUCGAGACGGUUCAAUCAAGUGCAGGACUGUGUUUGUGCCCAGAAGCUACGUGCCACGGAAAGUUUCAACACACCAUGCGUGCAUCGAAUGGAGAGUGAAUUCCCCAAAAACACCUCGUCACCAAUGAUGGCCAUGCGAAAGCGGGUCGAGUCGGACUGCAGUUGUAUGCGGAAAAGCAUCAUUCGAAAUCAGUUCAGUUCCGGUGUAAUAAAGAGUGAGUGCGCAACCGGAAUGGGCAGUGGGGCAAGUUCUUCCUGUGAAAAUACGCCACUGCUGCGACGAAAGGAACCAUUCCCACCGGGGUCACCGGCCAAAGGGAUUCUCGGUGAGCCGGGGGUUUUCAGCUCACCGAUGCACACCGGCAAACUGCCGCUGGAUCACACAAAUUACGGUGGUUUCGCUAGUCCGGCCAAAAGUGCACUGGGGGAACCGGGAGUGUUCAGUUCGCCGGCACGAAGUGUUUGUAGCCCGACGGGCGAAGAAAUCGGUGACGGUAGUGAGGUACUGGCGAACGAUCAGACCAUCGUGGCUGGAUGGCUCAAAUUCCGGGACAACAAGAAGUGGAAAAUACGAUGGGGAGUGGUCACGAAGCUAUCACCAGCAGCAGGUAAGUCCCCUAUUUGAAGGACCCUAAAACAGGAAAUAGACUAUUGUUCAUUAUACUCUCGUAGCUUCAAUGUGCUUCUGUACAGGUAACUAACCCAAUUACGCCCGGUGUGCCGUA